AUGGAGUCUCCUCGUAACUCCACGGACAAGAGAAAGUCGGUUGAGCUGAUCGAAUCUGCAACACCCGAAGACACCAUACUCGAACGCUUUCCAUUGCUCAGUGGGAAAUCAGAAGAUGAGCUUGCCCUGUUGAACAAGGCUGUCUUGCGAAAAUUGGACUACAAGUUUCUCCCAUGCAUCACGGUCAUGUUGUUGAUGAACUACCUCGAUCGCAUCAAUGUCUCCAACGCCCGAUUAGCCGGUAUGCAGGAAGACGUUGGAAACAUGACUGAUGUUCAGUGGUCCGCUGGUAUAUCCCUCUUCUACGUCGGCUACAUCAUCUCCCAGAUUCCAGCGAAUGUCAUCAUUGCCAAGGGCAAGCCACGAAUUCUUCUACCAAUUUGCAUGCUUGGCUGGUCUUUGGUCACGCUCUGCAUGGUCUUCAUGACUUCGGCGUGGUCCUUUAUGUUGUGUCGGUUCCUCGUGGGAUUGACAGAGGGCCCCUUCUUGCCUGCCGUUUCUCUCAUGACCUCCUCGUGGUACACCAAGUCAGAGUCCCCGUUGAGAAUGGCAGUCUGGCAUGCGGGUAACAUCAUAUCCAAUGUCUUCUCUGGACUGAUCGCGGCGGGCGUCUUGACAAAUAUGGACGGUAUUCGAGGCCUCCAUGCCUGGCAGUGGUUCAUUCUCCUCGAAGGCGUUGUCAGUAUUAUGGUGGCCCUUAUCGGCUUUUGGGGCAUCCCCAACUGGCCCGGCAGCACUGGGACGUACUACUUCACGCCAGAGGAGAGUGCAAUGUCGGAGUAUCGCGCUUGCGUAUCUGCUGGCGGCAUCACCGAGGAUGAUGAAGGAGAUUACUGGGGAGGAGUCGUACAAGCCUGCAAAGAUCCCUUCACAUGGAUGUUCGCUGCCAUGCACUUCAGUCUUAUCAUCGCUCAGUCCUUCAAGGACUUUCUCCCUUCGAUCGUCAACACAUUUGGUUUCUCCAAAGUCGGCACCUACCUCAUCCAAGCACCUCCCUAUCUCCUGGCUUACAUCGUCACCCUAACAAUCUCAUGGUCCAGCGGGCGACACCUCGAACACUGCUGGCAUAUCAUCGGAAGCAUCGCCAUCUGUCUCGUUGGUGCGGUCAUCAUGAUAUCCACACUCAACGUCGGCGCUCGCUAUUUUUCCAUCUUCCUGCUCUGUUCCGGUCCCUUUGUCGGUCUCAACAUCCAAAUCUCGUGGGAGACCACCGUCGUACCACGACCCCGAACAAAGCGUGCCGCGCUGAUUGCCAUUGCCAAUUGCGUGAGCAGUGUCUCGCAUUGGUUCACGCCAUAUUUCUUCUUGCGAAGUCAGGAACCGAGAUAUGUAACUGGAGGAGGUGUCAUUAUUGCUGGAAUGUGGGUUGACGAUUGCUGCUUGUUUAGUGGCAAAGUACUGGUCGACUAG